AUGAUGGAGUUUGUGGUGGUGGAUACCUCGUCGUACUACAACAUACUGCUCGGGAGACUCGCCCUGAUUGGGCUCAGGGAAAUAUCGUUUGUCAAGCAUCUGGCCAUCAAGUUCUCGACUUCUAGUGGCAUCGAGAUGUUGAAGGGGGACCAGCUCGUAGGAAGGGAAUGCUACAACAUUUCCAUGAGAGGAAAGAGUCAAAUUAGUGCCCAGACACUUGUUGUUAUUCAGGAGAAGGAUGGAUCUGUCUUCGAGAUAGAAGGGGUGAUCGACCCUAGAGUAGAAGAAAGGGCUGAUCUUGAACCACUUCAGGAGCUUAAAGAAGUGGAGCUCGAUGAAAAGGAUGCCAUGAAGGUUGUAAAAAUGGGCAAGAACCUUCUGAAAGGACUGAUGAUUGGAAGAUUAUGGUUUGUUGAGAAAAGAACAAUGACAAGAAGCAGAGAGAUUGAGUCGUGUUAUGGUCUGUGCAUCUUUGGCAAUGAAAGUACAAUCUUUCCAAAGCUUCUUUUUGCUUCUUUCACUUUAACUUUGUUUGCCUUCAAUGAAGAUUGGGCGAAAAAAGGUCUAGUUGAAGCAGCAAAGAGAAGCUGCCGAGAAAAAGAAGAAGAAAAGAUGCAGCAGAGAAAAUCCACAUAUGGAAGGCCUACUGGAACGAACGGUUUCGAUUUCUCCUACCACAUGGUCGUUGAAUCUAGUAUUGGGAAUCUUGUAGCUAUGAUUUUGUUUCUCAUACUUAUGUAUUCUUUCCAAUUGGGUGCAACUGGUGCAGCAAUUUCCACAAUUGUGUCUCAAUAUGUUGUCACCUUCUUAAUGCUAUGGUUUCUAAAUAAGAGAGCAAUACUACUGCCUCCAAAGAUGGGAUCAUUACAAUUUGGAGGAUACAUAAAAUCUGGUGGUUUUCUUCUUGGAAGAACUCUUGCAGUUCUAACAACCAUGACUUUGGGGACAUUAAUGGCUGCUCGUCAAGGUCCGGUUGCAAUGGCUACUCAUCAGAUAUGCAUACAAGUAUGGUUGGUUGUUUCGCUUCUGGUUGAUGCCCUGGGUGCAUCUGCACAGGCUUUGACUGCAAGUUAUAUGUUUAAAGGUGACUAUAAGACAGUGAAGGAAAUUGCUCACUAUGUGCUGAAGGUAGGAUUGCUCACAGGUCAUGCCUUGUCUACAAUUUUGGGUCUAUCUUUUGGUUCAUUAGCUACUUUAUUCACCAAGGAUGCUGAAGUACUAGCAAUUGUUGGUACUAGAGUAUUGUUUGUCAAUGCUAGUCAACCUCUGAACGCACUAGCUUAUGUUUUUUAUGGUCUCCAUUAUGGUGCUUCGGAUUUUGCAUAUGCUGCUCGUGCCAUGAUGGUGGUGGGAGGAAUGUCUUCUGCAUUUUUGCUAUAUACUCCGACAAUCAUUGCUCUUCCUGGGAUUUGGUUAGGGCUGACUCUGUUUAUGGGUUUGCGGGUGGUGGCUGGAUUUUACAGGUAUGCAUACAAUAUUUGAGUUCCUUUUUCUUAAUUAAAACAAUAAAAGACAUAAAAUUUAUGAUGAAGCAUGAACUAUGGGAUUUUCAAACUCUUAUAAAUAGCAUUCUAUAUUGCUUGCUAUAAUGUUUUGAUCCUACUAUGUGCUGAA